AUGUUCCGGCUUCGCGUCCGGACGAUGCUCGCGACGCACGCGAGGUGCGCAGUGCGGGGGUACGCGACGCAGACGCAGCAUGCGCUGCGCAUGCUGCUGGUGGGAUGUCCGGGAUCGGGCAAGGGAACGCUUUCGGCGCGCAUCGAGCGCCAGUUUGGCGUGCCGAUCGUCACCGCGGGUGACUUGCUGCGGUGGCACAUGGCCAACCACACCGAGCUGGGCAGCGAGGCGGCCAAGGUCAUCAAGGAGGGCCGCCUCAUGCCGGACCAGACGAUGAUGGCGCUUGUCGGCCAAAAGAUCGUCGAGAUGGGCGACCACGACUGGAUCCUCGACGGGUUUCCGCGCACCGGAGGCCAGGCGCAGCUACUCAGCGACUCGCUCGAGAAGAAGCACAGGCCUCUGUCGCUCGUUGUCAACCUGUGUGUGCCGGAAGAAGUCAUCUUGCAGCGCAUCCUCGAGCGCUGGACGCAUAUUCCCUCGGGCCGCGUCUACAACCUCUCCUUUAAUCCGCCCAAGCAGCCCGGCGUGGACGACGUGACCGGCGAGCCGCUCGAGAAGCGCGACGACGACAAUCCGGAGACCUUCCGCAAGCGCAUCGUCUCGUUCCACGAGCAGACCGAGCCCAUGAUCGACCACUUCCGCUCGCUCCAGUGCCCGACGGACCCCUCGCGCCCGCUCCUCGUGGACCUUGCGGGGAAGACGAGCAACGAGAUCUGGCCCAAGCUGCAGGCGCUCCUCCUCGAGCGCUUCCCGCACUUGAAAAGUAGGGUAUAG